AGGAAUGGCGCCGGCGGCUGAAGGAACAAGAACAGAAACCGCUGGAAAAGCUGAGCAGGUCCGGCAGCUCGUGUUGAGAGAAAUAGUAUUUGAAGAUCUGAAGACAGAAGUUUCAAAGUCAACAUAUGAAGGGCUUAAGCUUGAAAUAUUGACUCUCCUGCUCUUCAGAUGCUGCCUGACCUGCUGCGCUUUUCCAGCGCCGCACCUUUCAACACUGAGUGUCCAGUGUCUGCAGUCCUCACUUUGACAUCAAUGUCUGACAGUCACUCAAUCCAUUGGGAACACAACAAUUUUCAACUGUGAUUCUGUGAGAAGGAGCAAAGCUUUUUGGUUCCUGUUUCUAUAUGUUUUCAGAAUCAGUGGGACUGGAUGAGAGACCCUACUGUUGCAGUGCAAUGAGUGUGGAGCCAGAAAUAGUUAUAUGACCUGGAAAGAGGAAUUUACGGCAGGGAGGGGCUCGACACAUGUUUGUGUGCAGCUGAAGUUUUGGCCAUGGAGAAACCUGAGGGAUCCUGCCCCGUAGAGAAACCAUGUAAAUGUGGUGACUGUGGGAAAAGUUUCCAUUUUCCGUCUGCCCUGGAGACUCAUCGGCGCACUCACACCGGGGAGAGGCCGUUUCUUUGCACCAAGUGCGGGAAGGCCUUCAGCAAUUCCUCCGCCCUGCUGAGGCAUCAGCGGGGGCACAUUGGGGAGAAGCCUUUCAGCUGCCCUGAGUGUGGGAAGGCCUUCAGCAAUUCCUCCGACAGGCUAAAGCACCAACGGGUCCACACAGGGGAGAAGCCCUUCAGCUGCCCUGAGUGUGGGAAGGCCUUCAGCAAUUCCUCCGACAAGCUAAAGCAUCAGCGGGUCCACACGGGGGAGAAGCCCUUCAGCUGCCUCGAGUGCGGGAAGGGCUUUACCCACGCCUCCACCUUGCUGACCCACCAGCGGGUCCACACCGGGGAGAGGCCCUUCACCUGCCCCGAGUGCGGGAAAGCCUUCAGCAAUUCAUCCGACAGACUGAAGCACCAGCGGGUCCACACUGGGGAGAGACCCUUCAGCUGCCCUGAGUGUGGGAAGGGCUUUACACAGUCCUCCACCCUGCUGAUUCAUCGGCGCACCCACACCGGGGAGAGGCCGUUCUCCUGUCCCAAGUGCGGGAAGGGCUUUACCCAGGUCUCUGCCCUGCUUAGGCACCAGCGGAUCCACACGGGGGAGAGGCCUUUCAGCUGCCCUGAGUGUGGGAAGACCUUCAGCGAUUCAUCCUCCCUACUGACCCACCGGCGAGUCCAUACGGGAGAGAGGCCCUUCAGCUGUCACGAGUGCAGGAAGGCCUUCAGCAAUUCCUCAUCCCUGCUGAGGCACCAGCGGGUCCACACGGGAGAGACCCCCUUCAGCUGCCCCGAGUGUGGGAAGGCCUUCAGCCGUUCCUCCACUUUGGUGACCCACCAGCAGGUCCACACAGGGGAGAGGCCCUUCAGCUGUCCUGAUUGCGGGAAGGCCUUCAGCUAUUCCUACUCCCUGCUGAGGCACCAGCGGGUCCACACGGGGGAGAAGCCCUUCAGCUGCCCCGAGUGCGGGAAGGCCUUCAGCUAUUCUUCCUCCCUGCUGACCCACCGGCGAGUCCAUACAGGGGAGAGGCCCUUCUGCUGUCCCGAGUGCGGAAAGGCCUUCAGCGAUUCCUCCUCCCUGCUGACCCAUUGGCGAGUCCACACAGGGGAGAAGCCUUUCAGCUGCCCUGAGUGUGGGAAGGCCUUCAGCAAUUCCUUCGCCCUGCUAAGGCACCAGCGAAUCCACAAGGGGGAGAGACCACUCUCCUGCCCUGAGUGCGGGAAGGCCUUCAGUGAUUCCUCCACCCUGCAGACCCACCAGCGGGUCCACACGGGGGAGAGGCCCUUCAGCUGCUGUGAAUGUGGGAAGUGCUUUACCCAGGCCUCUGCCCGGCUGAGACACCAGCGGUCCCACACUGGGGAGAGGCCCUUCAGAUGCCCCGAGUGCGGGAAGGGCUUUGCCCGGGCCUCCAACCUCCAGACCCACCAGCGGAUCCACACGGGGGAGAGGCCGUUUAGUUGUCCUGAGUGCAGGAAGUGCUUUACCCAGGCCAUCACACUUCAGAAACACCAGCAGGUCCACAUGGGGGAGAGGCCCUUCAGUUGCCCCAGGUGCAGUUAGGUGUCCACCUGCUCCUCCCACCUGCGGAGGCACCAGCAAGUUCACGUGCCAUAGCAGGGGUAUUGAAGGAGUGACAGCUGAGUGCCAUUAUCGACUGGAGUAUUAACCCAGUUCCGGGCCUCCUGGGUUUGAAUCCUGCCCAGGCAGAUGGUAAAAUUGGAAUAAUUCAGUCAGUAAUCUGGAGUUCCAAGUCUAACGAUGAAGCCAUUUUUGAGGGGGAGUUGGGGUGAGGCGGGGGAAGGAGGAGUUGGGGGUGGAACCCCCCCCCCCCCCCCCCCCCAUCUGAUUGACUCACGACAUUUCUUUGGGAAGGAAACUACCAUUGUGGGAAAGGAUUUGCUCAGUCGUCCCAGCUGCAACCUUUACCCUGUCUGGCUGAUGGUUGACCCUACACUGCAACCCCACCCACCCCCGGUCUCUCCCCCACUAGGCCCCUCCCUCUCCCCAGCAAAUGAACAGGGAGAAACCUACUUGGAUACAUAGUAUACGUUGAAAUUGCUGAGUGAGGCAAUGCUUCCUACAGGUUAAGAAAGGGAGUGUGUGCGCUUUGACCUUGAGCUGUUUUCAAAUAAAAAGCUACUUUUUCUACGCCUUUUUGCUGGGGGGAAUCUGAAGCUGUAACCAAGUUGGGUCACAAUAAAGGGUUACCUGAACUUA